AUAAUCUCUUUUCGUAAUGGCCAUCAGAUUUCUCGUCCUUAUCGUUUCCUCCACUUUGCCUACUUUGGCAAUACUACCUGAAAUGAAAUAAACAAUUAAGGCGUGGAGAGAUUCCCAGAGAACGGCCGUAAAAGUUCAGCGCAGGUGAGACGAAAAUGAACGGGUCGCUAUUUCUUGCUAAUUUCCUAGGAUAAGAAAUCGAAGAGGAGGAAGAGAAGUGAAGGUGACGGCAGGAUCGAGAGAUCGAUCGAUCGAGAAGGGGAGGAAUGGGGGUGAAGCAGUGCGAGCUGUGCGAUCGGCCGGCGAGGAUGCACUGCGAGUCGGACCAAGCGAGCCUGUGCUGGGAGUGCGAUGCCAAGGUGCACGGCGCCAACUUUCUGGUCGCGCGCCACUCCAGGUGCCUGCUCUGCCAGAGCUGCCAGUCGCCCACGCCGUGGCGGGCGGAGGGCGCCAGGCCGGGCUACGCCGCCUCCACCUGCGAACGGUGCGCCGUGGGGUGCGCGACCGAGGGCAGGAAGGAUGGGGGUGCAGACGGAGGACCAGGUGGCGUUGGCGUGGCGGAGGAGGAUGAGGGGGAAAUGGGAGGAGAAGAGGCGGACGAGGACGAAGACGAGGAAGCAGAGGAACCGGAGGACGAUGGCGUCGAUGAGGAAGGGGAGAACCAGGUGGUGCCAUGGUCGAUGACGCCGCCCCCGGUGUCGAGCUCGUCGAGCAGCGAGGAGGAGCAGGAGGCGGGUCGGAGGGAGCGUGGCGGUGGCUUCUUGAAGCGGACGCGGGUGAAUGUCAAUCUCCCCCUUUCGCAGGAAGAUGUCGCCUGUUCCUCGUCCCAACCGAGCUACAUGACGUCGGACGACGCCACCUCCAGGGACCGCAAGAGACCUAACCCUCUCCGCGCCGACACCUCCACCUCCGCCCUCGGUGAUGUACGCUUCCACGGCAACCAGGGAGGUCUGACUUCCUCCCAUCCAGGCAUUGCAGAACAAUCCAAGAAACAACAGGGCUAACUCAAAAGAUCAAAUUGUGGAAGACACACCUUUGUAUCUACUACGUUCGAGCUUCAGUAAGAGUUAACAACUCGUUCACUCGAUAAGUCUCUUAUCACUUUGUUUCCGUACAUGCAAUGGUUAAAACUGGUUUCAUGUAUCUUUCAUAUUACUGAUUUGAUGUGUUUGACCGAUGUGAUCCGAUUCA